UCCAACAUGGCGACUUACAGCGACAGCAACAUGGAUGAAAAUUCCAAGGCAAGUUUCGACGCAAAUAACGCAGAAAUGUCACCGGUAAAUGUUGUUGAAAUGAUGGAUUCUCUCAUUGGACCGAACAAGGUGAAACACAACGAAGGGACGAGGCGGUUCGGAUUGCCACAGGCGCCUAAAACUCGGGAGGAACUCACGGUGGAGCGCGCAAUGGAGAGCUGUACAUUCAAGACGGUCAUGAGUUGUGUGCUUGGUUUCGCUCUGGGAGCUGCCAUUGGGUUGUUUGCUGCAAGUGUUGACCCUGUGGACCCUGACCAAGUGGGCAAAACAAAAGCCAGGGACGUCCUGAAAGAUAUGGGCAAGAGAAGCGUCUUUCAUGCAAAGAACUUUGCCCUCAUUGGCGCCAUGUUUGCAGGAACAGAGUGUGUUAUAGAAUCACAUCGAGGUCAGAGUGACUGGAAGAAUAGUCCCAUGGCAGGCUGUGUUACAGGCGGACUUAUAGGAUACAGAGCUGGACUCAAGCCUGGUGUCGCUGGAUGUGUAGGAUUUGCCGCCUUCUCUGCAGCUAUUGACCACUACUUCCAUUUGCAUUGACGACAAGAAACCAUGUGAAAAACUUUGUUUUUAAUCUAAGUAUUGAAAGAAGAGGGGCUACUACGCUGUGCAAAACUUCACCAAGAACUGAAUCAAGAACUGAAGACGUACAUGUAAGGCGUGAUGCAAGGUCUGUGAGGAGGGAAGAGAAAAUCUUAAGGCUGGGUCACACCAAGACAUUUCUCAAAAUGUUUGAACCAGUCCUAAACAAAAAAACGUAUAACGGGUUUGGUCUGGCUAGAACGUAAAGCUUUUUCCGGAGUAUGUCUUUAAUGUGACCCUAGUACAUGUACAUGCAAGUUAAAUUCUGGUAAUGAGUUGGGUACAUACAUGUAGUCUGUGGUUAGGAUGAACGCGUUACAAAUGGACUCAUUUUGUGUGCGCAAGUCUAGCACGUCCCUUGUUUCGAAAAUUUGGAGCAGUUCUAGAGCACCUUUCCAGAACAAACCACACUGAGCUCGUCCUUGAUGUUUGUAAACCGAUCGUAAAAAGUUGCUACUCUGCCCACUCCAGUUGCAAACAGUAAAAGCUCCUUCGCCUACUUUUUUUCCCUAAAGUUGUUAGAACGAGUUUGGUGUGAUGGGGGCUUUAACUACAUUGUACUCACGCAAUAGUUAUUUCAUUUAUAUUUUUAUUGUAACACUGUUGUGUGAUGAGCACUGUAUAGACUGUGUUACCCUUGUCUACAACCAGGGCCAAAUUUCAUAGAGCUGCUAAGCACACAAAUUUGCUAAGAAUGAAAUUUCUUCCGUGAUAAAAA